UAUAAAGAGGUUAUUGAUCUACUUAACAAAGAUCAAAGUGCCAAUAUAAGUGAUGUUAUAAAAGAAUUUAAAUCACGAAGUAACGAAAUUUCAAUAUUUAAAUCGGUCAAAAAAGCAACUAAUAUUUUAGCAUUUAAAAUAUUUAAUGAAGUAGGCUCUUUACCUGAAAUAAUCGCUAAAAAAAAUACAACACAAAGGAUUCAAGAAUAUCUAAAAUCAUCAUUAUAUUUAUUUAUAUAUUGCAGCGCUUUUGGUUUAGUUUUUUCAGUGAGUAAUUCUUUAGGUAGAAAUAAAGAAUGGAAAAGUUUGAAUGAGGAUAAUUUCGAAAAAACAGUAAAUAUACUAAAAGAAAAUGAAGCGUUGAAAUCAGCAUUAGAAGAAACAAAUCAAAUCUAUGGACCAAAGAUUAUGUCUUCCUUAAUUGAAUAUGCAAACGAAUUAAAACUGGAAAUUGACGAUUUAUCCUACCUUCAUAGAAUUAGUGCUAAUCUGGAUGAUGAUUUUAAAAUUGUGGAUCCGAAAAUUACACCUAUAAAAUACAAUUUUUAUGAUCGGUUUGAACAACUUAGUAUAUAUAAUUUGGAUAAGAGAUAUAAUCAAGAGGAAACUAAUGAACUGUUUAAUGAUCUAAUGAAUUAUAAUUACAUGAAAAAUGAU